GCGGUGGCAGUGGCGGCAGCGGCAGCAGCAGCAAGAGCAGCGGUUUCGGCGCUCUCACCCGCAGCAGCCCCGACGCUACCUGGGGCUAGAGUGGCACAGCAAACAAUAAAUAACCGGGUAGGGAGCCGAACCGAGCCGGGUAUCCAAGGGUCCAAUGAGCCUUUGGUAACCCUGACUGUGUAAGCAAUGUGGAAUACUUUGACUGCACUGUGAUGCUUCCUGACUGAUGAUAUUAUUAUACCACCUGGAAGCCUGAGGCUGCAUUACCACCUGAACAUACCUGAGUUUACCCCUUCACCAUGGAGACUCAAAAGAAUGAAGCUGCUCAAGCCAAGGGAGUGGCAACUUCUGGGGAUAACCAGGACCAGGAGUCAGAGAAAGGAGCCAAGAACAAAACAGAUGAGGUAACAGAAGUACCAGUGUUAGAGCGAUGCUCAUCUGGCCCAGGUAGACUGAAGAAAACUGCAAUGAAACUCUUUGGUGGUAAGAAGGGAAUCUGUACUCUGCCUAGUUUCUUUGGAGGGGGACGAAGUAAAGGUUCUGGAAAAAGUGUCUCCAAGAAAGGUCUAAGAAAAAGCAAAACACGUGAUGGACUGAGUGAAGUAGACUGUGGCUCUAAAGAUGUUGUCAGUGAAGAAACUGAUUUUUCUCUACCUUUCCCUGAAUCACCCUCCCCAUUUCCUAGCUCCCCCUGUACCCAUGGGGCUUUGGAGAUAGGCUACCAGCAUAAAACAUCUGUGACUGGAGCCACCAAAAACACUAGAGCUGACAAGGUACUCCCCAUACCAAAGCCAAAGAAAGGCAUAAAAGAUUUUUUUAACAGUAUCCGCCGUCACCGGAAGAGCAGGAUUACUAGAGCUGAGCAAAGUGAGCCACAAGCCAAGUUACCUGAGCAGGACCGAGUUAGAUCUCAUGAACAUGUGAACCCAGUCCCGCUGCUCUGCUCCAAGGAGACCUUUCAGGCCCUUACAAACAAAAAUGCUAAACCCCAAGAUGCGUCAGGGCCAAAAAUUUCUCCAGCACAAGAGCCUUCUCCACCAGCAACUGAGAAAAUAGCCCACAAAAGUCUAGAAAAAUCCAUAGGAAUCUCUGCCUCAUCACUUGUACAGCUGAAUCUUGCCCCUGAAGUCUGUGUUCUAGAAGAGUCCCACAGGCAAACAGCAGAAAAGAUAGUGUCAGGAGAGCUAAAUCCACCCAAAGGCCCUGUAGGGGAUCAGCUGAGCAUCCUGUUUGGGGAUGUCACAUCCUUGAAAAGCUUUGACUCAUUGACAGGUUGUGGUGAUAUUAUAGCAGAACAGGACAUGGACAGUAUGACAGACAGUAUGGCUUCUGGGGGUCAAAGGGCCAACAGAGAUGGGACCAAGCGAAGUUCCUGCCUGGUUACCUACCAAGGAGGUGGGGAAGAAAUGGCCUUGCCAGAUGAUGAUGAGGAAGAGGAAGAAGAGGAGGAUGAGGAAGUAGAAUUAGAGGAAGAAGAAGAGGAAGUCAAAGAAGAAGAUGACUUAGAAUAUUUGUGGGCAAGUGCUCAGAUGUAUCCAAGGCCCAAUAUUAACCUGGACUACCAUUCCACCACAUCCCCAGGCCACCAUGGCUACAGGCUCCUUGAUUCAGUUCAGUCCUACUCUGGUCUAGCCUCUGAGGAACUUUUAACUCCUCAAAGUGACCAGCAAGAGUCUUCCCCCAAUAGUGAUGAAGGUUAUUAUGACUCUACCACACCUGGAUUUGAGGAUGAUUCAGGUGAGGCCCUGGGGCUUGUCCACAGGGAUUGCUUACCCAGAGACAGUUAUAGUGGAGAUGCCCUAUAUGAGUUUUAUGAACCGGAUGACAGUCUUGAGAACUCUCCACCUGAAGAUGACUGCCUUUAUGACCUCCAUGGUCAUAGCUCUAAAAUAUUUGACCCUUUCUUGAACUUUGAACCCUUUUCUUCUUCUCGGCCUCCUGGGGCAAUGGAGACAGAGGAAGAACGGCUAGUGACUAUCCAGAAACAGUUGUUGUAUUGGGAACUUCGUCGUGAGCAGCUUGAGGCCUGGGAGACAUGUGCUCGAGAGGCUCAUCCCAGGGAACCCCACAACAGAAAGGCCUAUCCCAAAGAGGCUCAUGGCAUAGAGCGAUGUGCCCAAGAGGCUCAGAUUUGGGAAGUUCAUGCCAGGGAGGCCCGAAUCCAAGAAUUCCAGGCCCCAGAAGAUCAUGCUGUAGCGGUUAAAGUCCAAGAAGCCCAGGCCCAGCAGGAGAAGUCUAUUUUGGAGUAUCAGAGGAGGCCCUUAGGCCCAUCAGUGAUGGGUCUGAUGGCAGGGGCAUCAGAAGCUUCUCAGACUUCCCACCAAGGAACCACCUCAGCUUUCCCUGCUACUGCAAACAGUGAGCCAGAUUGGAGGGACUUCCGUCCUCUGGAGAAGCGUUUUGAGGGGACUUGCUCCAAGAAAGAUCAAAGUACCUGUCUGAUGCAGCUUUUCCAGAAUAGUGCCAUGUUUGAGCCAGACAUGCAAGAAGCCAGUUUUGGAGGCUCUCCCAGGAGGGCAUACCCUACUUAUUCGCCCCCUGAGGAACCAGAAGAGGAGGUUAAGAAGGAAGGGAAUGUCACUGUGAGUUUCUCACAGGCCCUAGUGGAGUUUACUAGCAAUGGAAACCUUUUGUCAAGCAUGUCUUGCAGCUCUGACUCUGAUUCCUCCUUCACUCAAAACCUCCCUGAGCUUCCGCCCAUGGUGACCUUUGACAUAGCUGAUGUGGAGCGGGAAGGGGAAGGGAAGUGUGAAGAGAGUCCUGAGUUUCACAAUAAUGAAGACCUUGCAGCCUCCUUGGAAGCUUUUGAGCUGGGCUGUUACCACAAGCAUGCCUUCAACAACUACCACAGCCGAUUCUGCCAAGGUCUAUCCUGGGGUGUAAGCAGCCUCCCUCGAUACUUGGGGCUACCUGGCACGCACCAUCGACCUCCACCUGCUGCCAUAGCUCUCAACAGGAGAAGCCGCUCUCUUGACACUGCAGAGACCCUGGAGCUGGAACUCUCCAAUUUUCAACUGGCCCAGGGCUAUCUGGACUCUGAUGAGCUUCAUGGCCAGCAGGAAGAUUCAGAUGAAGAAGAUGAAGGGGAGGGAGAAUGGGGCCAAGUCAGUCCCCUGUCCCUUUAUACUGAAUCCCCAGGGGCUUACACCUGUUCUGCCUGGGCUCCCUGUCCUCUUCCAAUGAGGCCAUGCCCUGCCUGGAUAAACCCCAGUCAGUUGGAUGGGCCUUCCAUUCAGUCUCCGUGUGGGCAGAGAGCCUGUUGUGCACCUCCUGUGGUCAUGUCAGUGUCAGUGCCAGACCCAGAGUCAAUAGCAUCUGGGGAAUCUAGGCCUCAGUUAGCCCGGCCUUCACACCUACCCCUGCCUAUGGGCCCUUGCUAUAAUCUCCAGCGACAGGCUUCCCAGAGUGUGAGAACCAGACCUCAAGAUGUGUUAGUACCUGAUGAUGAGCCCAGUUGUCCCUCUAGUACUGGAGGAUUCAGCCCCAGCCCUUUGUAUCAGGCUAAACCUGUUGGCAUCACUCGUGGCAUCCCUCAGCUGCCUAGGGUCCACUCUGAAUCCUCCCAGCUUCAACUCAGUCACUACAAGGCUUCCAGCUUUGACCUAUCAAAGGAGAAGACUGAGCAAGGUGCCUCUCUUCCCCCAAGCUACUCUGCUGCUAUGAGUGGAAACUUAGCCAAGUAGUCAUCAACAGUUCUGGAGUAGAGGCAUGGGGACUGAGCAUGUGAAUGGGGAUUAGGAGUUGGACAGAGGGGUGGAGGUGGGGGUUGCUCUUAAACUUGAAAAUCCUUUUGUCAAGGAAAACUUAUGGGUUUUCAUCUUUUUUCCCUCUUUCCUACUUCUGCCAUUUAUGGUCACAUUCAGCUCAAGUACAUCUGCCCAGAAAUCCUACUGCUGCUGUGCUCCAGUUUUUGUUUUCAGGGUUUGUUCCUGUGACCAAUGCAGGGUUUGGGAUGCUAUAUUUUUUUUCAAGUUGCCAAGUUAGUGAUUAUUUAUGUCAUGCAUCCUAGACAAGGACUAAACCCUUACUACCUUCUGUUCCCUCCCCCUAGUGACUAUGAACCACUGAUGAGCAGCCCACUCUGUAUGUACUGCUUUUCACUUGGAGAUAUGGGGAGGUUGCUGUUGGCAAUGUGAAGUUAUGGUACAGAUCCUCCCCUUCCCAUUCAACCUUGGCAUAACUGUCACCAUUACAUCAAAGGACUAUAAGCUGUUCAUCUCAGCUAGUCAUAUUUAAGAUCAAGUAGCAUGUGUCUAACCCAUUGCUGCAGAUUUUGGCAUCAUCACCAAAUGGAGUCUUUUAACUUGACCUUCCACAGUUUGGAUUGAAAACAAAAACACUACUUCCCUUAAUGGAGUGACCAGUUGCAAACAAAGGAUUAAAACAGUUCUAUUGUGGACACUGCCAUUGUCAUGAACUCUGGAAUGAUAGAAGGUUUUUCUUGUUAAUCCUGUGACUGCUUAAACUACAAGACACUUCUGAAAUUUCACUUUGUCCUGUAAAAGAAGCUUUCAUAAUCUCAUAAUGUUUUAAUUGAGAUAAGGGAAAAAAUAUAAUCUAUAUUAGGCUUGGCUGUUGGAACUGGGGAUUUUGUUGAAUGCAGGGGAAGGGAAAAGAGAGGUCUAUUUUUCCUAGCCAGAAAGAGGAAAUUUCAUACUGUGGAGCUUGAGGCAGUCCAGCUUCUUAUCAGGUAAAAUUGUUUCUCACGCUUGUUCCCAAAAUCAAAAAGUUCCUUAAGCCCUUCCUGUCUUAUUUUGGAUGUUAUGACGAGUACCUAGACUUGUAUUCCUACCACAGGAUACCAAUGGCAUCUCAGCCGCUUUACCCAGCACUCUAUAGAACUUUCACCUUUCAAUUAUUUAAGUCCUUAGCAUCACCAAAGGACUAGUCUUCCUGAGAUGGAAGACUAUGUUGUGCCCUCAUUCUAUCAAGCUACAACAUUCUGAUUUGUGUGGCAGUUUCAGUCCUUUUUGAAAUGAAUGGCACCCUCUUUUCUGCAUCCAACAGUUUUCAUGUUGAACUAGGUUGGAAAUAAUGGUGAUGAAGAGUUUGCUGUCAGAAAGUCAUUGCAACAUUCUAAUCUUGCCAGACCUAACUCUCCUUAGUUCCCUUAAAGGAAAGUUACUUUUAAAUUUCUUUAUUGGAAAUGGCUUAGACAAUUUGUGUUAUCUGGAUAUAUUGACCUAAAUUAUUUUUGCCUUUUUUGCCCCUCCCUCCAGCCAUCUUUAUGCCUGUUAAGAGAAGUCAACAGAGCUCUUGCCAUUCCUUAGAUAUGCCAUUCCUUAACCUUGGGACAGAUGCUGAUUCCCUGCUGAAUCAAGAUGAUUUUGUGGGUAAACUGCUUCUUGGCAAGAUGAUGUAUUCAUUCAAGGUCUUUGUCCUGAUUCUCAGAUUAGGGCUGGUCCAAUCAACUUCCUUGAAAAGAGCAGACUUGUCUGGCAGGUGCUAUGGCCCUGGAAGUACCACAUGAGUUUUCAUGAUGCUGACACCACACCUCAAGGGACCCAGACCAACUCUACAGGCUGGCAUUGGCCUGGAAGAAAUGCAUCUGAUGUGGAGCAGGAGAAUGGAAAGAAGGUCCCCCUCACCCCAACACAGCAUUCUAAGAGAGAAGUUCCCAGAUUCUAACCAUUUGACCUCUUAUCAAAGGUGCUGUGGAAGGAUUAGGCUGAACUUGGCUUGGCUGUUCAGCAGGAAGGAAACACCAAAUGCCUUUACAACAGGAGAAAACCCACCUCUUGAAUCCUCUUUCAGGUCACCUUGAGCUCCUAUCUGAAUGUGGAUUGUGCUAGCUACACAGACAGUAGCUAUCACUAGCUUCAGUAUUCUGCUGGAGAAGGCCCAUCAGCCAAUCAAGAGAUGAAAAGGAAGUUUUCAGCCUUUAACUGAAGGCUGAGAACUAUCAGGAUCAAGAGGGCAACAAGAUGUACUCCCUCUGUGGAGAGUUGCCAUAACCUCAAUAUACUUUUCUGGGCUAUAGAAGGUUACACACCACAAUAGGACAUGGGGCUCAGCAGCAAUUCAUGUUUUGGACAUCAUCAUUGCCUCCAAGUUCCUUCACUGUCCUGGCUAGUCCAGGGAUGGGAUCCUUUUCACCAAAAAUGGGACAGUUAGGAUUCCUGGCUGUAGAAGUAUGCCCUUUUGAAUCUCUAGAGUUCAAAAGUUCAUGACUAAAUGCCAGCUGCAUCUUUGAGGAGGAAUACCUGGCUGGAAACAUGAAGACAGUACAGAAUGUCAGUGGAACAAUCAACCAAAUUCUAAGUAUCUUAGUGUUUGAUAGCUCUGAUCCAGAAAAUUCCCACAUAAGACCAGUCCUUGAGGGACCAGUAAAUGUUGAUAGACAAGUCCACCUAUCAGGCCUCUCCCAGGGCCAGGAUAAUAGCUUUUUGGUGCUUUAGAGUCUCCAAGGAAGCCCUUCUUGCUUGACUGACUGUAGCUUGAGUACCAGGCCACAAGUUUCCCUGGAUAAAGGCUUCAGUAAACAGUCUCAAAGAGGAAAGUAGCUUUCUACACUCAGAAGGUUGAGUGUGUGCCCUUAUUCUACUGCUGGUGGCUUUCCCAGCUGUGUUAGCAUCCCACCUGCGCUUGACCCCCAGGCCCAGUUGCUAGACGGAGGCAUGAGGGGUUUAGCAGUGAGGCUUCAAGUUUACCCAUGUGUAUGUUGCAUCAAAGUAGAUAGGUAGAUAGAUAGACAGACAUAUAUAUAUAUAUAUAGAUAUAGAUAUAUAUAGGUAUAUAUAGUCAAUUAUCUAUUUUUGCAUUGGUUGCAUUUUAUAUUCAUGGAAAACAAUGUUUACCAAUUGUUCUUUUCUGAUACAUUUUUAAGUGGUGCUGUUUAUAAUUUUAAACAAAAGAUGACUACAAGAAUCACUGCUGCUUAUGCAAAGGGCUGGCAUCUCAAAUGCCUGGUGCCCACCUCCUCAUUCCUCUCUCCCUACUCCUGCUAUAAUGCACUCUUUGUUCCCUCUCCACUAUGAUAGCAACAGCAGAUGUCCAAGUACUGGAGACAAAUGCUAGGUACCUGAGGUAUGUGGAAUCAAGUAGGCAGUGUGCUGUUUAAUGGCUUUAUGUUUUUCCUUUGUAUCCUUCCUUCAUUUUGUGUACACUUUCUGAAAGUACUCAUCUCUCUCUUUUUUCUUUGUGUUUCAUGCUUCCAUUUUGAAACCAGUAUUUCCUUGUUGUACUCUUUGUCAUACUGAGCUUUUCCAAAGGAUCAUUUUGGAGAAACAUUCGCCACGCAGGAAAGAGGUUUUAAGGCACACCCCAUUCCUGAAGAUGCUGGGAGAGACAGAUGGCAAUGAUGCUCCAACCAUCAGGAAUUAAUUAUAUAAUUAAGGAAAUCCUUGAUGAGACUUUCCUGGAGCUCAGAUUGUAGAUUGUGACACCCAGAAGAGACUUUUAGGAUCUCCUUGCUGCUUUGUGGGUACUCUCUUCUUACAACUGUUACCCCUUAUCUACCCUGCUCCAGCUCAUAUGGAUGGUAGUUGGAAAAAAGUGACUUUCAAGUUAGUGGUUUAUUGGCCUCAUCCUCCAUUUACCCAUCCUAUAGUGACUUGAAAGAAGAAAGUCCCUAUUGAUGUAUAUGUGUGAUUGUUGGACCUAUUAAGAGGUGGGGUUUUGAUUAUUAUUGAUGCUUAUUUCCACUUCUGAUGUAUAGGGGUGGGUUGGGAGAAGAAAACAUAAGUGUAUAUUUAGGGCACAUUAAAUAAACUGCCUUGGGGGAUAAUGGGAAGAAAUUAGGAAACACAGUACAUCCUCACCCUAGAUGUAAGUUUUCUCUCUCCCCGUGUAGAAAGGAAAGCAUGGUCCCUUGCUGCACCUGAACUUUCCUUUUCUUAUCUCUGAGGCAUCACAAAAUAACCUGGAUUUUGACCUCUCCUAGCUCUCACUGACAUCUAGAUAUCUUGAUGCACUGCCUGUAUGUUAUACAUUAUGUUUCUUUUGCUGAUUACUAAUAAAUUUGAGUUCAUGAGGGGCCUUCACUACUAAA